AUGAUCAGCGCUCAUGACUUGGAAGGCAAGACCGUGGCGUUUGUCAACUUCGCAACCGGCACCGCUAUCGAUUUGAAAGAUGGCUUUACAAACCCUCCUGACGGCACCCCCUGUAUUGGCUGGCAAGGCCAUCUGAAUGAGAACCAACAGUGGAAGUGCGUCAAGUAUAAGCACGGCUCUGAUGAUCAGCCCCAGUUCAGACUUCAGAACAUCAGAGCUCCUGGGCGAGCUAUGGAUCUAUAUAACGGAGGUACAGCUGACGGUACUGAAAUCGUUGGCUGGCAAUAUAGCGGUUUUGGAGGGCAUCAGCUCUGGUGCAUUCGACCUGUUGGAUACUUCCCAGCUCAUGGGACUAUUGUCAAGAUUGAGAAUAUUCCUGCUGGAACUUUUGUUACCCUCCAGGGUGGCAGCGCUCAGUAUGGGACCCGUAUCGUUGGACAGCGUGGAUCUCUGAAAGAUCUCUCAACUGAACAGCUCUGGAUCCUUAAGUUGAUCUAA